AUGGAUACCACCGGUACGUUAAGCCUUCGACCGAUGAAAAGUAAGCCUGGACUAGGCUCGUCUCCGUUCGCACCCCGAUUUUUAUUAUUAUUUAUAUCAUUAUUUUUAUUUUCUAUUUUCUGUUCUUUUUCCCGCCUUUUUCCCCACUGUGAAGACUGGCCUGAGACAAACAAAAAGUCAGUAUCAUAACAUAAUUUGAGGUUACUUUUCCGACUUCGGGCAUGCACAACUGUAUCCGUUCUAAGAUAAUACCACAGAUUAAUAUUAAUUACUCAUAGCUGGAACUUUCGUAUAAAGCCUCAUAAACUAAGUUUUGUUAAAGCAUGGGCUUAAGUUACACGCGCGGGGAUAGAAAGUCUGAAUUUUGUUCUUAUACCAACCAAAUAAGUAUCUCACUAAUGGUCCUUUUAGAACACCCUAUAUUCUUCCCAUAGCAGUUUAGAGAUAUGUGUUCCUUUUUCAGAUGUUGACGAAUGCAGUGCUUCUUCUCCUGUAUGUGACAGCAAUGCCAACUUCUCCAAUAGUCGUGGAUCGUAUAUCUGUACCUGCAGGGCAGGAUAUACAGGCGAUGGAAAAACAUGCCAAGGUAGGUUUGAAAAUGUCAAGUUAACACAGAGGGUUAGGGACGUUUUUCUUUAUACCAACCAAAAACAAAUUUCACCAAUUGUCCUGUUAAAACACCCUUUGGUCUUCCCAUAUUGCAGUUUAGUGAUAUGUGUUCCUUUUUCAGAUGUUGACGAAUGCAAUGCGUCGUCUCCUGUAUGUGACAGCAAUGCCAACUGCUCCAAUACUCGUGGAUCGUAUAUCUGUAUCUGCAGGGCAGGAUAUACAGGCGAUGGAAAAACAUGCCAAGGUAGGUUUGAAAAUGUCAGGUCAACACAGAGGGUUAGGGAAGUCUUUUAAUCUUACAUCUUGUGGCAACAAUGAAAAAACUUUCCUAGCAACCUUUCAUUUUAUCCGACAAUGGCGGCUGUUAAGAACGGCUAUUAACAACAGCCGUCGAAUUUUUGUUUUCGCAGCCAAGUGAGAUCAUGCCUUGGGCUGUGUUUCUUACCCUCUGUACUUAUUAGACUCGUUAAUAGAAAAUCAUGAAACAAAAUAGGCAAAAAAUUAACAAAUGAUGGAGAAUAUUUGAUACGGCCUGUGUAGAACGCCAUGACCCACUUCAAUUAUACCCAAAAAGUGAAAACAGCUACAGCAAAUGCGGUAAACUAAAGCUAAAUGUAAGCCUACCGGGGUGGCCAGAAAAAACCUUUCCCAAACAAACUCGUCGGGGAAAAGACAAGAAAUUUGGGACGGGCAAGGCACAACUUACUUCGUUGGCUGCAUAAAAGGUCUGCAAAAGUGAACAAAACCUAGAGGCUGUAUAGGCUGCGCGUAAUAUCCCACAGGUUUAUUUUAUAAUAGUAAUACCAGAGUUAAAUACUACUGACUCCUAGCUGGAACUUUUGUAUAAAGCUUCAUAAACCAAGUUUUGUUCAAGCAAGGAGUUAAGUUACACGAACGAGGAUAAAGAGUCUGAAAUUUUUCUUUAUACCAACGAAAUAAAUGGCCAGAAAAAAACCUGUCCGAAGCAACCUCGUAGGGAAAAAAAAACAGGAAAUCUGGGGUGGGAAAGGCACAGCUUACUUCGUUGGCUGCAUAAAAGGCCUGCUCAAGCGGACAAAACCUAGAGGCUAUACAGGCUGCACGUAGUAAUUUGCAAACAAUGCACCAGACGUUGUGCAAAUGAAUACUGGCUUGACCUCAGCUCUGUGCUAGCAUUCAGUUUGCUUUUGAGACAGGUAAUACCAAGGCUAUGUAGAAGGAAUCAACCAGGCACUUGGUCCUUCUCAGAAGGAAACAGCCCCCUUCAAAUCUGCUACAGGCGAGAUAAUUAUCCAGGACGGAGCGCAACAGAAAGAGCGCUUUGUAGACUAUUAUUUUAAGCUGUAUGCCAGACUGAGGUGGUGCCUGAAGAAGCCCUGAUGAACGUCAUAAAAUGCUAACCUCUUCUGGAGGAGCUGGAUAUUGAACCUACAGAAGAGGAGGUGAAAGAGGCUCUGGGUUCGCUUUCCUCUGGAAAAGCGCCCUGUCAGGACCGUUUUCCAGCUGAAAUCCUGAGGUGCAUGCAGCAAAGACGAUGCCUUCAGCAAGCUCUACAAAAUCCUGUCUGUGCUGGCAAGAGGUUGAGGUACCAUAAGACAUGAGAGCGGCAAACAUAGGGACCGGAGAGACUGUUUCAACUAUCAAUGCAAGGCAUCACACUCCUUACCAUCGCUGAAAAACUGUUUGUUCAAGUUGUCCUAAAGUGUCUCCAAGCGCUUGUAGAGGGAGUUUAUCCAGAGUCACACUGUGGUUUCCAGGACAGACGCUAAACUAUUGAUUUGAUAUUCUCCACCAGACAAUUACAUGACAAAUGUAGGAAACAGAGACCCCACUGUAUAUCUCAUUAAGUGACCUCACUAAGGCUUUUGAUCUAGUAAGCAGAGUUGGGCUCUUCAAAAUCCUCUCGGAAAUUGACUGCCCAGCGAAAAUCUUCGGUAUCAUCAAAUCUUUUCAUAAUGAUCAACCUCUGAUACCUUUAAUAUGGUUCCCACCUUAUUUGGAAUCGUCUUCGUCAUUCUGCUGAAACACGCCUCUGGACCUUCAACUGAAGGAAUGUACCUCCGAACGAGAUCUUAUGGUAAAUUCUUCAGCCUUACCAGAUGGAAAGCCAAGACCAAGAUUCGUGAGAAGCGCUUACGCAACUUUCUUUGCGCCGAUGAUGCAGCAGCAACCACACACUCUGCGGAUAAAGUGCAACAACACAUGAAUCGCUUUAGCUCUCCCUGCAAGUGUUUCAGACUUACUAUCAACCUGAAGAAAACACAAGUAACUGGACAAGAUGUCACCAGUCCACCUAGCAUCAAAAUAUUUGACCAGCAGAUUGAAGUUGUUCAUGAUUCUACAUCCAUUUGUUCUACUUGAAGAGAAAGUAUCUGAGUCCGCGAUAUUGAGUUAAACAAAAGAAUAGAAAAAGUAGCAACCACAGUGUUUAGUCACUCAAAGAGAGCAACAAACUGACCGAACACACCAAGGUCAUGGUAUAUAAAGAUUGCGUGCCGAGCACCAUCUCGUGUGCUGGCGAUUCCUUGACUUUUCGUGUCAACGAGAAACGCAAACAUAACGACGCUGAACUCAGUUUGGUUGGUUGUGAGUUGUUACCAUUCAUUGGGGUUUUCGUUACCAAUAUGAAGCUCAAAUUUGGCGAGGAUAAGAUACAUCUAUGACACAUUACGUUUAUUGGGUUAAAUGUUAGAUAUCGGUCGUUGCUAUGAUUACACGCAGGGGUUUCAAAAAGCACUGACGACUGCCGAAACUUGUCAAUUACUUUACUCGGAGAAGCCGGCUACUUUUUUCCCAAAAGAAGAAACAACAAGUUUUAAUUAUUUCGUAAAAAAAAGCUAUAAUAAUAUCAUAGAAUAUAAAUAAAACAGUAAUGAUAAUAUUGCAUAAAGUCAUGCAGGGUACUUGUAUUUUAUGUUUUUAUAGUUAAGAAAAUGCGGUGUUUGGUCAUACCCCGGAAGCUAGGGACGUUUUGCUUAACCAGUGACGAUGGAUUUUGAUAGAUUAGAGCACCUUUGAUAUUUUUGGCUAGCUACAAUCCCGGACAAAACUACUUGAGAAAGGUUUCCCCAUCAUGUCCACUUUCCUUUCCGCAACAAAACUAUUUCCAAAACGACGCCUUUGCGGGAAGAAAACCCCUUCCUCCGAUUCAAUGUUGCUUCCCAAAAACUCCCAGGGAUCAGGCUUUCUUUUGAAUACACAACAACAUUGCUUUCAGGGGAAGGGGGAGAGGGAAGAACCGGUACAGCUACGAUUUUUAGAAAAAUGCUGUCCAAGUAUACAAUUUUCUCAACAGUUUUGUCCAAGAUUGUAGGUGGUUAGUGGUUUCAAUUUUAUAGCUAUGCUUUUAAAAGCCGGCAACAAUGAAAAUAAAUUCAACAAGAAAACGAGGCUGAAAGUCGCAGCCAUAUAAAUUCUGAGAAACGCACUCCACGAGAAAACCAACAUGCUCAUACAUCUCCUUAGACUUCUCCAAGAUACUUUUAGCAAAGCCUUACCGUUUGUUUGCUUGAACGUUUGAACGACUAUUUCGGAAAACGAAACCUGUGCAAAUUUCUCUAGAAGUGAGUGUACUCGAAAUAAACGAAAGGCAAGUUUGAACGCUGUAACUAAAUUAAAGCGAACGGCUACAGUUCCUGAUGACAUCCCUUUCUGGGUCUGGAAGGAUUAUGCCGAACUAUUAACGACAGUUAAAACUCAAGUCUAGAAUUUGCCGCUGUCAACUCACAGCUAGCUGGACUCUUGGAUGAGGGCGAACAUCAACCCCUUACCAAAGAUCGACCCCACUAUCCCCAACGAGAAUUCUGACCGGUACAGAAGCAUCAACGUCACGUCCGUGAUCGCAAGAACAUUCGAAAAAGUUGUGUACCACACCCAUGUUCAAGUGGUUAUAGAAAAGAACCUUAGCCCCACCCAAUUUGCAUACAGGCAAGAGGGUAACUGCACAAACGCCUUAUCAUCUAUUCAACACCAUGUAUAUAGACACCUAGACAGCAGUGACUGUAAGGCACUUCGUUUAUUUACAAUGGAUUUUAGCAAAGCGUUUGAUUCCGUAAAUCAUAGCAAGUUAUCACCUAAACUUAAGCAGCUACCCCUCAAUCCUUACAUCGUUAACUUGUACCAUACAAUGUAGUUUUUUGUUUGCUACGCAACAGCGAAUUUUCUACAAUAAUCAACUCUGUAACUGGAGGGUCGUUAAUAAGGGAACCACCCAAGGAAGCGUAAGCGGGCCUUACCUGUUUAAUAUAUUUUUGAAUGACCUAGAAAUUUCUUAUAACAAUGUUCCUGCUCAAUUAAAUAUGCUGAUGACUUUACAAUAGUGUCUCCUGUUACCGUAAAGUUCCCAUAGUAGCGACCCUUGUUACUUUCGGGGGGUCGUUAUUUUCGGGAACCAAACACCAUAAAACAAAGUUGGCGCUAGCUCUUUCCAACAACAUUUUAUUUGUGUUAUAAGGAAUAAGUAACAGAGAUAUACCUACUAAAUACAGCAAUAGUUUGAUUAAAAAAGAGAGCAAUGAUUAACAAAUGAGAAGGAAUUCAUUUGUCCAGUUUCAUACGACGAAUGAUAGUUUCAGGCAUGCCAGGUUGUUGCCUUGUUUUAACGUGCCGUAUCAUGAUAAAUUUGUGAGUGCACGAAGAUAUUUAUUUAGUAUUGUAGAUUAAAAAUUUGACUAUGGAUUGCAAAUAGAAUAAAACAACUGAUAAAGGCAUUCGGUAUGUUUAUAACGUAAUUAAAAAAAAAAAAACUUAGUCUCGAUACUCUUUGCCGGGUCUCGCUACUUUCGGGAUUUAUAAGAAGUCACUAACUUUUGACGUUACUUUCGAGGGGCCGUUACUAUGGGAACUUUACGGUAGCAAUAAAUGUGAUCCGUCUGCUAACUUGUGGAACAUGUCUAGAGAACACGUCUUGCAAUCCGGAAAAUGUAAAAAACGUACCUUCAGAUGAAAAAGCAACAAUUCUCAAUAUAACCCAGUAUUUGACGAGUGUAGCUAAAUGUCGUGGCUCGUGGGUACGUAGUGGGUAGAGGCUGGGGGUCGUGGGUAUGGGUAAAGGUCGUGGGUAAAAAAAAAAAAAAAAGCAAAAAGUUGUAAAAUUCAUGAAACGAAAAUCUCCGCUUACAUACCAGGAGUCCUAGUCCCCUUCCUUGCGGUCAGCAAAGCAAAUAAGCGAAUCGUUUACUACAAACGGACACUAAAAAGACAUUCAGGCGAAAAAUAAAAGAAACUCUGUAAACUAUAUAUGUAAACCUGAAGCAGGCUAAACAAAAACUGGAGACUAAACUGCUGUUUCUCAAAGAUGUCAACAUUCGUGACUGAAACGUCCUUUUCAGUUUAAGGAAUGAUGUUCAGAAUCGUUACAGCAAAGAUUUUAUACAAAAAAAACAAACAAAACAAAAAAGAAUCGAGAAAAUUGAUAUUUCCGCACGGCAAUAAAAUUUACGUACAGUCUAGCCUUGACUUGAAAGGUUGAGCAUGAAAGUGGUUCCUCCGUAAUCUAAGAGACCUAAAACGUCUUUAAGAAAGACUUCUAUCCAAAAAUAUGAAAUGGCUCAAAUUGUCUUUUUUUUUUCCUCAAUUCACUCCCCCUUCCCAUUGAUUGCAUUCUAUCAUGUUAAAAAAAUCUCCGCUGAUAAUUGGGAUUGUAUACGUAGAUUGAAUUAAGAGUAAUUAUAGUAAGCAGCUACAACCAGCCUAGGGCAGGAGGUUGAAACAGCUAUUUCCAUUCAGCGAGUCAGAGCUGUCCCAUACUUUCUGCAAAUUGCACGUUUCUACAUACUUUACGUCUGUUUCGAUUAUUUCGCGGUGAUCGCUCAGACAUGGAUAAAUCUUCAUCAGUAACAUGUCUUUUAUACAGUGAUGUAGCGAAAGAGGACCCAAGUCCCACAUGGCUAAGAAAAUAUCAGGAAGAAGACGAAGAAGAAGCCGCGAAAAGUCGGACAAUCAAGGAGUCGGAGAUUUUUGUUUCAUAAAUAUUUUACAUAUUUUUCUACUUUUUUUUUUAAUUACUUUACUUAAUCAUUUUUUUGUAUACUUUUUUUACCCACGACAUUUACCCACACCCACGACCCACGACAUUUAGCUACACUCGCAGUUUUGUCGUCCUAUGGAAAUAAUACAACAGGAGUAUCGCAGAUAAUCUGUGUGAAGUGUCAGCGGGAAGUUUUAAAAUUUUCGAAAUGGAAAAAAAUUCCGGAAAAAAAAUGUAACGAAGGCCUAAGAAAUCAGUUUGGAGAGUGCCACUUGACACGACAGAAGCGCUGCGCUAAGGAUUCUCAGGCCGAGUCAGUUCUAACAGACGGACUGAAAAAAAAUCCGCUUUGCCUUAGCAGAUUCAGCCUUGAGAAGAACGCAGAAGUCACAUUUGCACUGAAGCGAUUGAUAAACCGACAUUCAAAGGACACAGCAUCGUAACGAAUUUUAAAUCAUGCUUCUACCAAAGAUGUGACAAAACUAACGUUAAAGAAUUCACGCUGAGUACAGCUACACAUUGUACUGUGAGAUCGCGUAAACUUCAACUGUACGGAGAUAUUAAAAGCCGAUAUCUUAGAUAACAGCAGUUAUGGAAAAUUAUCAUAAUUAGUUUUGCACGAAUCUUAUAAAGGAACAAUUUAUUCAACAGGCGGGAAUACGCGCGUCUUGACUAUUGCAUAAAGGUGCUGCUAAACUUACACAUUUUUCCUUUACUGAACAUAAACUGUACCGAGGCGUGUCUUGGUCCGCUACAUAGAGGCUAUAUCAUCGUUCAAUUUUUUAAGUGUAAAAUCCCUGAAAAAGUUCUCCUCACUGAAGCAACAGGUAAAAGAUUUUCAUUUUUCGGCCUGGAACCCUAUGUGAGUUUUGCAUCGAGGCAAAUAGAACUCUUACCCUCCCCCCAAGGAACAUUUUUCAUUACUUCACACUCACCGAAGUUUCAAAUUUGCCGCCUCGGUAGUCAUCGGAAUUUUGCAUGCGUGAAGACGCCAUUGUUUAAACCAUUUCAAAAAUGACCAAAGAUGGUCAAUUUUACAACAGAAAACAAAACCUAUUGUUUUCGAGUUUGAUCCGCUUUUCUUGAUACUAAUGGUGACGUGCUUAGCAGCACACACAGUAUAUGCAACUAUAAUUUGGUGCCAUGAUGGCGACGUCAGCGAAAACAAAUAAUGAAUUCGCGUUCUUUUAAUCGUGAUUAUUAUUCAUUCAAAAUAUUUCUCCGAUUCUGAUUGGCUAAAAGAACACGUUUGAUUCACCAUAACCAGUUACUGCUGACCAAAUUGGGAAGAAUUUUGUGUUUAGCGAGGAAAUGACGUCAAAAAUGUAGCGUUCUUGCGGGUUAAUACCCCGUUAACCGAGAAGACCUGGGGACGAGGUUGAGUUGUUUUGGUUGUGAACUUGAAAAAUGGCGGACAUUUCACUCGUUUCAAGAGUAAGAACUAGGCGAAAAAAUAGCUGAAAACAUGGCAAGAACAGCAAGAAGACAACUCGAAGGGCGACAUCUGCUACUUAGAGAAUAUUUGUGGAGCUGAACAACCCUAAACGUGCACUAUCAAAGAUGAACUUAACAUCGAUGGAUCGAUGGAGGUAAGCAUGUUUUAGCUAUGUUUUUAAACUAGGAAUUAUUUUGAAUGAAUAAUGAAACAAUUAUUGAAUUCGGCUUUCGUCUCAUAUGAAGAAUUAUGGAGAUCUCGGAAGGUGUUAUCCGCCUCGGCCUACGGCGUCGAAGGAUAACACCCUCCUCGAUUUCCAUAAUUCUUUAUAAGAUACUCAGCCUCAUACAUUAAUUGUUAAUUAUUCCAUCUCGCUAAUACUAAACGUUCGAGGUCAGAGUAUUAUGGAAUGCAUCCAAACUUAAAAAGAGAACGAAAAAUUGGUCAUGUUCUGUUUACCUUGACCCAAAAAGCGUAAAUUAGGAAAUUUUACGUCGUAUUCGAUGUACAACAGGGUAAAAGAACUUUGAUCCAAUCGAGAUUAAUUGUGAGGAUUUAUAGUGUGUGAACAAGCUAAGAUCUUUGUACCCUUUGUUUGUGUGUGUGGACUGAGUAAUCGUACGUACAUUUAUUAUAGGUGCGCUUGCACUCACCAUGGUAAAAGGUAUUUGCCACGUUAGCAAAGCCGUGGUAAACUUUAACGUGGGUUUAGUUCACCGUGAUAAUGUGCGGUUACAAAUGAGUAAUUCCUAAGGCAAUUUAGACGCUUUUAAGGCUUCAUUCGCCCUUUUGCGGUAAUAAUCGCCUUCAGUCAUGGCAUUAUUUCAUGUUAUGUUGAAAAUUUAUGGGUAAUUUAGCUGAAGUUUCAAGUUAUAUGUUAACCCUUAUAAUUUAGCGAAGGUACAUAGCAUUUUUUUUUUUAAUCCUGACCCUGAUAUGUCUUUUUGCAAUUGCAUCAAAUGGAAACUCGGAAACAAAUCCGAGCCUCAGAUGGGAUUCCAACCUAUCGUGAUCUAGUCGGAUGCUCUAACCAUUGAGCUAUUGGAGACUCGAUGGCCAAGGCGAGUAAGGGCGAAAUGUGUUUCUUUUACAGUUCAGCUGCAUCCCACUUUUCAAAUAGACACAUACAUACAUAUUAAUUGGCUCGUCCCACAAGGCUUUUCAGUGUCAAUGUUACAGUAAUGAUAUUAAACGCAGAAAGCUAAAACACAAAAAAAUUAUUAACUAACUGUAGGAGGCAUCCAGGGAACUCAUCUAAGUUGAUGCUUAAAGCUUUUAACGGAUUCUCUUAGCUUGAGCUCUGGUUGCAAUUUAUUCCAAAGGGACGUCGCUCUUAUUCGAAGGACCUUUGGCCACUAGCAGUGCGGAAGAGUGGUAUUAUCAACAUUUCUGAGUUAAGGUUGUCCUUGUCGAAACGGCCGAUCUUUUAACGAACUUUGAUGUUAAGUACGCUGAAGCACACCCAGUCAUGCACUUAAAUACUAAAACAGCAAGUCGAAGGUAUAGCUGUUGCUUGACUGGGAGCCAGCAUUACAUGCCAGGAAUAGAACAUAUUUUUGCAAAAUAUCGUUUCUACUUCUGGCCCAUAAAACAGUUCAAAUUUUCGCCUUAAAAUGCUCCUGUUACUUCCAUCUGAAAGUAAAAUCUGUCAUGUCAACAUCGAUUUUUCUCUCAACAGCGCGAAAGAAACCCGUUUAAAAAAUGGAAUUUUUUGCGGUUUCAUGUUGAUGUUAAAUGUAGAAACCUGAUUGGCUCUCUUGUCUUGGGUAUCGAAAACUCCUAGCUAUUCACCACGUUAAAUGUCGUGGGCAGUUUCUUUCUCUUUUUGACUUAACCACAGAUGCAGCAAGUUUAUCUCAGGAAAGUCCGGUCACACGACCCUCGCCAAUUUCCCGCGGUAAAAGGGUCAUAUACCAUGUAGCCUGUUCCAGGAUCUAAGAUAGUGGGGAGGACUCGACAAUGAAAGGUGCGCGAAAAGGGGGGCUGGGCUUGAAAAAGGAGAAGGGAAUAGGAGAGAGAGAGAGAGAGCCUUUAAUCAUUUCUUUUACGACACUCUUCCGCCCACUUCUGAGAUAAUUAGAUUUCGACUGUCAAACUGUUGAAAUGUACAUGAGUGAGGAUCUGUCUCAAAUUUCUCGCGCGAGUAUUUCGCGCGGCGCUUAUCGCUUCAGAGUGUAAAAAGGGGGUCAGUAGGCAACACACCACUCUUACCUCGUACCAAAUGCUGCUUGUUCCAACGAAUUUUUUCUUCUGGUGUGUAGAUUAUGCUCUGGAGGGUUCUACGUUUAAACUGAGCAAAUGUGAUUUUCGCCGCUUUUUUUCAGGCUGAGAGGCUGUGACACACAUAAUGACUUUUUUGCGGUUAUUGUUUCUGGUCGGCAUGAUUUGCCCUCUGAUGCACGACCUUUUUUGAAACGUAAAGUUCUUCUGUGAAAGGUUUGAACCCAGGAGUCAUUUCAUAAGUAGUUUGAGUUUGAUCGUCCGGGUGAACGCAGUCCUGAAUAGGACUGUUGUUGUUGACAGUAACUGACGUUUCGACAACCUGUGCGGUAGUCACCUUCAGAGUCAAAGUGAGUUGCAUCACGUCAGUUGAUGAUAUAAUGUCAAUGACCUGUAAUCAUUUCAGAGUAUAGUAUCAUAUAAUAAUAGUAUAACAUGUUAGUAUAAUUAACAAUUAUUCCUCGAGCCCGAAUUGGCUCUGAGUCAAUAGCCUAUGAGGCCGAAGGCCGCAUGGGCUAUUGGCUUAGAGGCCAUAAGGGCGCGAGGAAUAAUUGUUUUAGUAAAAUCCAACUAGUUCAAAAAUAUCGAGUCAAAAAUAUCGAGAAUAAAAAAAAAUUAGCUAGUUAAAGCUAGACUUAAAUCGUUUUUUGCGGCCAAAAAGCCGGCGCUUUUCGCUACUAGUGGGCUAUAACAUAUAGCCUAGUAGUAGCUCAACCAAUCAGAACGCAGCGUUGGUAAUAGACCACUAGUUGGAUUUUACUAAUAUGCAAUAUCCUCUAUAUCCGAGGUCGUAAUACAUUCUAAACUCGAUCCCUAUCAUGAAAAACCCCAGAUUCUACGACCACCUUUAUCUCUUUUCCUUGAGCCUUGUCCUCUUAAUUACUUCAAUUUACUGACACUCAUCGAAAGCAGAAUAACACGUGCUCGACUUAAAGUAUCAAGUUAGUUUAAAUUUUGCGUUCAAAUGUUUUUCAGAGAAGUGGAAGAAGAUCAAUACUGACCCAGUCUGCUUUGGAGCUCGAGAUGACUCAUAUAGGGCUUUCAACAUCAGAGAGAGUGGGGUCAUUUAUACCUUUAAACUCGUUCAUCUUAGUGGGUCAAUUAGAUGUAACACAGUACACCCACCUUCUUAUUGGGGAUGUGACAAUCCCUGGUUUGGAGUCACGAGACUCCAAACCGUCAUAACGUUCAAGAACAGAUCCGCUCUUUUGCUGGCAGAUUACAGGGAAAAAGGUUGUCACUAUUCAUAUAAGAUCGAAGGUGUAGGUGUUAAUGAGACCGAACUUCGAUUUAACAAUCUUCCCACUCCAAUGUCUGUGUCUGUUGGAGAUGAGUUUCAAAUUUGGUACACACAAGACUUAAAGGACUGUGGAGAAGGCAAUAACAGCGGUCAGACAUGUGCUGAUGUUUAUGCGUGGUACGCGUGA